AUGGGGGCAUCGCAGAGUUUCAUGGACCUCAGCGGAAGCCCCUUGGAGGAGCUGCUGGGCGCGGACCUGAAGCGAGCACCCCUGCAUGGGCUGCUACCGAUGGCGCAGAACAAGCGGCUGAACUUAGAGGCCUGGUCGAAGCUGGAGCUACUCCACUCCCGGACCUUUGCAGGUGCCUCCCGUCUCAAGGCAUCUCGAAGAGCAGUCGUGGCCGAUGGCUUAGAGGUCGCAGCAACUGCGGUGGAAGUCACGGAGGAGGAGGAGGAGGAGAUCAAAUCGGUCACCGUGUCUUUGCUGCUGAGCCCAAUGCGUCAAGGCAAGCCGUUCUGGAACCUUGUGAGCGCCUUCACCGCGGAGGUCUUUCGGGAGAUCUUGGUCGUUCACGUGCUGAUGCCAAUCUCAGCCACGGUCCCGAGCAUCCUGUGGCAAGAGGACAACAAGGCGAGCUCCUCUACGCCUGGGCCUGGGCCUAUUCCAGAACUGCUCCCGUAUGUGGACUCGCUGAUGAACCGCUUGAGGAGCAAAUUGUCCGAGUUGCAGCAGCAGGAGGCACAACACGCCAUCAAUGUGGAGGGCUCGCUGGAACUUAUCCGCCAACCGACGUCUCCGAAGAGUCCGACACGGAGGCGGGCGUCAGACGUGGGCCCCAUGAAUCCGCAGACGAUGCCGAUCCUCCCCACCGAGCUGUUGAAAUCCCAGUGGACGCGGCAAUUGAGUUCAGACUCCAUCUGCUCGGAGCUUCCCGACUUGGCGGACCUUUGGGGUGCCAGAGAGCCGGUGAUGUUGGCGGGCUCCACUCUCAGCCUCGACUUCUUCGAGGGCUCUGCUGGGGCGCGGCGUCCGAGGGUGCUGGAGGUGGCGGAGAAUCGCUGCAGGAACCUGGCGAGAGUGCUCGGUGACAGCGUCUUCUCAGGUAUCCACUUUGUGCCUCGCUUCGGUGCUGCGAUUUCGCUUCCGUACGAGCUGCUGAAGUUCGGGGAGGAGGUCUUGGAGAAGGAGAGUGAGGAGUUGGUAAUGCAGUGGAAGUGGGGUGAUCGGCACCAUCGAAAGGACAAGUUCUACGAGGUGCCGUUCAUGAUCUUGGAUCCGGACGAGGUGGACUGCCCCAUCGCCUACAUGUCGCAAGGUCUCGAGGAUCUGACUGGCUACUUUCGAGCUUGGGCCUUGGGACGGCACUUCCGGUUCCUGCUGCUCCCGGAUGCUCUGCAAAACCGGGUCUUCAACGGCCAGGAGAUGGCGAGGAUAGACGAGUUCUGCUGCAACCAAAACAAGGAUGCACCAACUACGCCGGCAAUCUCCACCACGCGCGUCUGCUGGGACUUCAAAGAAAGCGCCUUCCUCGAUCGGUCGCCGCGCUCCAGCAGCCCCAAGCGGAAGCGGGUAGGGCAACCUCCUCCGUCCAAGGACCUGGAUGUCCCUUGUCGCAUGCUGAGCUUGCUGCGGCUCUUCGUCCCGAAGAACAAGAGCCCUGUUUGGAGCUGCUUCUACUUGAGGCAUGUCUGGGUGCAGGAUCCCAACAUCCUGGAUCCGACUGCGGACUUCUGCGUGAAGCACUUCAUUUUCGUGGUGGUCCGCCCACUCUAUACGCAGAUGCCGGCGCUGGAGGAUCUGCUGACCAUGGACGCCCUUGAGACGAACCUAGAGCUUGGGGCCCACCUUCGGAAGAUGCUUCUGGAGAGGUCUCACAAUGUGGCGUUGAAGGAGCGUGAGGCGAUCUCAACUUUGGACACUGUGGUCCCUGAAUGGCUGCUGAAGAAUGGCCAGGGUGUUCCAAGCUGCAUGGUUGGCUGGCAUUUCGUGGCGCGAAUUGGCCUCGCGGCAGUCCGGGACUUCCAAGGCAGCUGGUCACGCUUGGCCAAGACCCUUUUCAAGCUCAAUCCCGAGCCCACCGGGAGGAAUUUGGUGGAGCAGAGCAUCAACGAUGAGGAGGAUGGACUGCUUUGUUGGGUGGCGGACGCUUCCUCUUGGGUGGAGGACACUUCGACAGACCGCAAGAUGGGUCUCCCACUUGUGUUCAUAAGUCAGUCGCUCCAGAAGUUGACGGGCUACUCCAGCGAGUUUGCAUUGGCGCGGAUCCAUGGCCCGUACCUGCUUCAGGCUUUCCUGCACCACAGUACAGAUCAGUACAGAAGGUUGCAGUUCACAUGGCAAGUUUCUGGUGUGUUGACAUCCGUAGGCCCCAACGCUCGAACUUUGUUCAUGGCAGGGGCUCUGAAAACACGCCAAACGUCGGUUUCAAGCAUGCGUGAACCUGUCCAUACGAAAGCAAAACUAUCGGCAGCCAGAUGA